AUGUCUUUCUUACAAGAACAAGAGACUCAUGAACAAAGCUCAGCAUUGGUUUUUGAUGGGCUUUAUUGCGAAGAGGAAGGAUUUGGAGAGGGUUAUUCUUGUGGUUUUGAUGAUGAAAAUAGUGAAAUUUGUGAUCAAAAUGUGAAUAAAGAGCAAACUUUAUCUUCUGUUUUGCUUGAGCAAGACUUGUUUUGGGAAGAUAAUGAUUUACUUUCUUUAAUCUCCAAAGAAAAAGAGACCCAUGUUGGUUUUGAUAGUGUAGGCUAUAACGAUGGAUCUUUAAUGGUGGCUCGUAGAGAGGCUGUUGGGUGGUUUCUGAGGGUAAAGGCACAUUAUGGGUUCUAUGCUUUGACUGUUGUUCUUGCUGUCAGCUACUUGGAUAGGUUCAUUUCAAGUUCAAGGUUUCAGAGAGAUAAGCCAUGGAUGGGUCAACUUGCUGCUGUGGCUUGUUUGUCUCUAGCUGCUAAAGUGGAGGAAACCCAUGUGCCACUUCUUUUAGACUUUCAAGUGGAGGAUGCAAAAUACGUUUUUGAAGCCAAGACUAUAAAGAGAAUGGAGCUACUGGUGCUGUCAACUCUUCAAUGGAGGAUGAAUCCUGUAACCUCAAUUUCUUUUUUUGAUCACAUUAUAAGGAGACUUGGAUUAAAGACCCACUUGCAUUGGGAAUUUUUAUGGAGGUGUGAGCGUUUGCUUCUCUCUGUCAUUUCUGAUUCAAGGUUCAUGAGUUAUCUUCCUUCUAUAUUAGCUACGGCGACAAUGCUGCAUGUUAUUAAGGAGGUUGAUCCACAUAAUCAACAGGAUUACCAAAAGCAGCUUAUGGCUGUGCUCAAAAUCAAUGAGGAUGAGGUGAAUGAGUGUUACAAGCUCAUUUUAGAGCUGUUGGGCAGCCAAAAUCAAUGCCACAAGCGCAAGAAUCUGUCCACACCCAGCAGCCCAAAUGGUGUCAUGGAUGCAUCUUUCAGCUCUGAUAGCUCAAAUGAUUCGUGGGCUGUGGCAUCAUCUGUCCCAUCAUCAUCAGUGCCUCAAUUCAAAAGAAGCAGAGCCCAGGUUCAGCAGAUGCGGUUGCCUUCACUAAAUCGUAUGUGCGUGGAUCUUUGCAUUUUGAGGAAUCUGGCAUCAGGAAGUGGCUUAGGGAAACAGGUAAUGCGAAUGGAGUUUGAGAAACAAGAUGUUGAAACUAAGGUUUCAGGUGCUUUUGGGUACUUUAGAGUUGAAAAGAUAAUUUGA